CUUCUCAUCUUUGGAAAUACUUUUCGAAAUAUCAAAAAAUGCAAGCCAUCGGCAGCAGCCAUGGCAGGAGGCUCUGCUUCAACCAUUAUCUCUCCGAUUCCUUCUCCAAGUUCCUCUCUCCUUCUUCUUCUCCUUCCCUUCUCCCUCAGAGAUGCCAUUCGUUUUGUAUCCCCAAGCUUGGAAGUAGUACCAAUGAGAAUGGUCGAGGAAGAAGUGUGACAGUGAGAGCUUCAGGAGAUGAAGAUUCUAAUGAGAACUUUGCUCCUCUUGCUCCUGUUGAGCUUGAAUCUCCUGUUGGACAGCUUUUGGAGCAGAUUCUUAGAACUCAUCCUCAUCUCUUACCCGUUACUGUCGAUGAGCAGCUCCAGAAAUUCACCGCAGAAAACGAGGCUCUUAAAGCCGAUUCGUCUGCUACACAAGACAUUCUCCAAAAGAGGAUAUCUGAAGUUAGAGAUAAGGAAAGACGUAAAACAUUAGCGGAGAUCAUUUACUGUUUAGUGGUACAAAGGUUUGUGGAAAAAGGAAUCUCUAUGAUUCCUAAGAUUAAACCAACUUCGGACCCAGCUGGACGGGUAGACUUAUGGCCGAACCAAGAAGAGAAGCUCGAAGUCAUCCACUCUGCGGAUGCGUUCGAGAUGAUACAGAGUCACUUGUCUUCAGUUCUUGGAGACCGAACAGCGGUUGGUCCUUUAAGCUCUAUAGUUCAGAUAGGCAAAAUCAAACUCGGAAAACUCUACGCUGCUUCUGCGAUGUAUGGCUAUUUCCUCAGAAGAGUAGACCAAAGAUACCAACUUGAGAGAACCAUGAAUACACUUCCGAAACGGCCUGAGAAAACCAGAGAACGAUUCGAAGAACCCUCGCCUCCUUACCCGUUAUGGGAUCCGGAUUCCUUGAUCAGGAUCCAACCAGAGGAAUAUGAUCCCGAUGAAUACGCGAUACAAAGAAAUGAAGAUGAGUCAUCAUCUUAUGGAUUGAGAUCAUACGUUACAUACUUGGACUCAGAUACGCUUCAGAGAUAUGCCACGAUACGUUCUAAAGAAGCCAUGACUCUGAUUGAGAAGCAGACGCAAGCGCUCUUUGGGCGACCGGAUAUAAGAAUACUCGAGGACGGUAAGCUUGAUACUUCUAACGACGAGGUUCUGUCUCUGAGUGUCUCAGGACUUGCGAUGUUGGUUUUGGAGGCUGUGGCUUUUGGGUCUUUCUUAUGGGAUUCAGAGAGCUACGUUGAAUCCAAAUACCAUUUUCUCAAGGCUUGAGUUUAGUCCUCCUUGACAUUUGUACUUUUUGAGAGUAGUGAAUAUGUAAAUGUUAAAUCUCUCAUGUGAAAUUGGUAGCAACUACUAUUCGUAAAAUGUAAUAAUCUACACUUCAAAACUUUAGAUUCAAAUCAAGCAUAUUAGCUCAA